AAUUUUAGACAGUAUGUGUAAUAACAUACUUAAUUUUUUUUAAAUGCCACCAUAAAAUAAUCUCUCAUAUAUAUGCCAUUUUAAAAUUUUGGACAAAAAUACUCAUAUCAACCAAGACCCCUCACCUUCUCUCUUCCCAGCCAAACCAAACUCUUUCCUCUUCCCAGCCAAACCAAAUUCUUCCCUCUUCCCAGCCAAACUCUCUCAUUUCUAUCUCAUUAUUUUCUCUCGGGUCACAUUCUCACCAUCUCAGGCGAAGCUCUCUCUCUCCCCACAGUCGCCGUCGCCACCGUCUUCUCCAUCUCCGGCCACGGUAAGAUGCCACCCAAACGUAUCCCACCACUUGAGAUCCCUAUGGAGGAUCAUUAUGUCGGUCGUAUGACCUAUAGGGGUUCCGGGAGGUUAACAAAAUUGAAGAAAAGAUUUGAGGAGCAUGGAUUGUUGGGGAGGGUGAAUGAGUCUGUUUUUGGACCAUUCUUCACAGCCCCUCCCUUUUCGUUCUCUGGGGCAUUGGUUCACACACUACUUUUGCGGAAGGUCAAGUCUCCGCGUGGCGAUGAGGUACACUUCUUGAUGGGCCCAAACUUAUGUAAGUUUGGGGUGCACGAGUUUGCCAUUAUCACCGGCCUGAGCUGCUCCUGUCCACCACUUGUCGUUGACAUUGAACCUCACAUUACUUCCUCCCGCCUAGUUGAUACAUAUUUCAGUGUGGAACCCGAAAAAGACAUUCGGUUCAGUAUCUUGGAACGAGCUUUUAGUAUGUGCGAUGUACCUGAUGAUUUGUACAAGCUCGGUUUGGUUUACUUUGUGGAGGGGAUACUAUUGGGCGCUGAGAACGACAAUGCUAUUUGGCGAGAUUCAUUGUCGAUGGUCGAGGAUUUAGAUUAUUUUGAGAAGUAUCCAUGGGGAUCCCUUUCAUUCGAUACAACUGUGAAACAAUUCAAUAGAGAUAUGAAAGCGAUUGGUGGUACAAUACCAGGUAAGAAGGCGAAGAAGAUCACUGAGGUGGAGUCUUCUAAGGGUUUUAAGGUGGAGGCAAAGUACACUUGCAAGGGGUAUCCACCAGCCUUGCAAUAUUGGGCAUACGAGACGAUUCUUGAUUUACAGAAGGAACACGCCAAGCCCUGUGGAUUCAAGUUCCCUAGGAUGCUACAGUGGGAGAGCAUAGGCCAGUCGAAGCAUUUGCAUUUGAAGGAUGUACUUGCGAGGAGACAUUUGUCAUGCAUUUCUAUCCUAAGGCCUCGACCAAAUGAGCGAGACUUCUUUGAUGCCGUAUAUCAGAGGACAGAGGGGGAUGCUCCUAGGUAUGCGAUGCUACAGAAUACGAUCCAGCCUGCACCAGAGGAUGGAAGACCUUACGAUCCUGAGGCAGAGGCUGUUGCAGUGGCUGAGAUAGCCGUUCAGGUUGGCAUAUUUGUGGAGGAUGCCCCGACAAAGUCUGCUCCAGAUACUAGUACAGAACCUACUUCUGCUCCUGCUCCUGCUCCUGGGGCUUAUGAGGAGGUGUUGGGUGAGAUAGCCAGACUAUCAGGUGCAGUGGACGAUGUUAAGGCCACUCUAGGUAUCGUCCUUAAAAAUCAAGAAGUCAUAUUAGAGAAGCUGGCAACACUAGGUGGUAUACCUACUCCUGCACCUACUCCUGCACAUACUCAUGCACCCACUCCAACAGAUGAUGUAGAGUACGACAUUCUCCCCUCAUGUUACGAGCCUUAAUGAGAAUAGUUGUUAAUGUUAGAGACAUCCGGAAUCAUUGACAUGCUAUCAAUUUUGGUAGAUACAUUAUAUGUUUUGCCUCUGAUGUUAUAAGUUUUUAUUUUAUUCUUUUCGUUUGAAUUGUAAGUGGGCUUGGUGUUACUACCAUACCAUCUUGUCUAUGCUUAUGAGAUCGUUCAAGCAAGAAAGAACAAAAAAGUGUUUUAUGUUGGGAUUUUUAGGAUAUUGGCUUUUAUUAAGUUUGGACUAAUUGAAAUAUAAAGGAAAAAAAAUCAAUAAACUUGCCAUCGACAAAGCGCAAUGUGACUCAGACAGAAUUAUUUUGUUAAUUUAAGAAAUAUUGGCUGA